AUGCAGAUCUUCAAGUCGGUCGCCAUAUUCUUGGCGAUUGCGCGUGCAUAUGCUGCAACAGCGACGACGACCGGUGAUUCUUCGAUGAUCACUGGCUGCCAUGCUCACGGAGACGACGUAUAUUGUAUUGACUCGGCUGGAGACGAGGUGCUGGUUUCUGUAACCGCUACGCCAACGACCGGGAUUCCUGCAGCUUAUACAGGUUGCCAUUCACAUGGCAGUCAAACAUACUGUCUCGACUCGAGUGGGGAGGACGUUCUCGUUGGCGAAGAAGAAACACACGAUCACGAGAGCGAAGAAGAGACGACGGAAUCGUCAACCAACUGCCAUUUCCAUGCCGGCGUGGAGCACUGCGUUGGUGCGGGCGAAUCGGAAGGGUCGUCUUCAUCCUGUGGAGUACAAACGAGAGAUUAUGACAUCCCACUUCGGAUUGGAACAUUGUUCGUGGUGCUCGCUACAAGUGCAAUUGGAGUAUUUGCCCCAAUACUACUGGUCAAGUUGCCCUUUGCUUCCGUGAACUCGGUCGUCAUGACCGUCAUCAAGCAGUUCGGGACUGGCAUCAUUAUUUCGACAGCAUUCAUUCAUCUUUAUACCCAUGCUACUCUGAUGUUCACCAAUGACUGCCUCGGCGAGCUGGACUACGAAGGAACAACUUCCGCCAUCGUCAUGGUCGGCAUAUUCCUCGCCUUUUUGUUCGAGUACUUCGGCCAUCGAGUCAUGGCAGCCCGUGCAGCGAAAAGCACUUCUACGCCUUGUACAGAUGGUUCUGGAUGUCAGGAGGAGUCCGCGCCCCGCAAGAACGGAUCGCAGUCCCCUCAACACGCGACAAUCGCACAUCUCGGCCACUCGCACGGCGAGGACCCCACAAAGCCCACGACAAAGUUCUCGGUCCUUGUCAUGGAAGCCGGCAUUCUCUUCCACAGUAUCCUGAUCGGUCUGACUUUAGUCGUUGCUGGGGAUUCAUUCUACAAAACUCUCCUGGUGGUGAUUGUCUUCCACCAAUUCUUUGAAGGUCUCGCUCUUGGUGCUCGGAUUGCGACGCUUCCUGGGGCUAUCUUUCCAUCCAAGGCACUGAUGGCGGGUGCCUUUUCUCUAAUCACUCCAAUUGGAAUGGCGAUCGGACUUGGCGUUUUGCAUUCUUGGAAUGGGAAUGAAAAGAGUAAUCUCAUUGUGCUGGGUACAUUGGAUGCUCUCUCUGCUGGGAUUCUGGUUUGGGUUGGCGUGGUGGAUAUGCUGGCUCGGGAGUGGAUCAUCGAAGGGGGCGAGAUGUUGAAUGCGAAAUUGGGCAAGGCAUUGACUGGUGGUGUGUCAUUGGUAUCUGGUCUUGUUUUGAUGUCUGUGCUCGGUAAAUGGGCUUGA